GGGGCGCACUGCACCAGCGGCUUGGGCUUGGUGGAUGUGUAUGCAUGAGUUCUGCACCGAAUGGGCGCAAAAAGCGCCCCAGCCGGUCCACCCGCUCCUCGAUCUUCCAGAUCAGCAAGCCCCAGCUGCAGAGCGGGGAUUGGGAGCGCAGGGGCAGCGGCUCCGAGAGCGCCCACAAAACCCAGCGAGCCCUGGACGACUGCAAGAUGCUUGUCCAAGAGUUCAACACGCAAGUGGCCCUGUUCCGAGAGUUGGUCAUUUCUAUUGGGGACGUCUCGGUCAGCUGCCCCUCACUCCGGGCGGAAAUGCACAAGACAAGAACCAAAGGUUGUGAAAUGGCCCGUCAGGCACACCAAAAACUGGCUGCCAUCUCAGGCCCGGAAGAUGGUGAGAUCCAUCCAGAAAUCUGUCGUCUUUAUAUCCAGCUGCAGUGCUGCUUAGAAAUGUAUACAACAGAGAUGCUAAAAUCCAUAUGUCUGCUGGGGUCUCUUCAGUUUCAUCGAAAAGGAAAAGAACCUGGUGGGGGAACCAAGAGUUUGGAUUGCAAAAUUGAAGAGAGUGCUGAAACUCCUGCCAUAGAGGACUCCUCAUCACCCCCCGUCGAUAGUCAGCAACAUUCCUGGCAGGUUUCCACAGACAUUGAAAAUACUGAAAGAGACAUGCGAGAAAUGAAAAACCUUUUAAGCAAACUCAGGGAAACUAUGCCUUUACCAUUGAAAAAUCAAGAUGACAGCAGCCUUCUGAAUCUAACUCCCUACCCCCUGGUUAGAAGACGGAAGAGAAGGUUCUUUGGGCUGUGUUGUCUCGUGUCAAGCUAGGCGGCUCCUCCUGGAAACCCAUUGAGAACACCUGAAAAAAAUCACAAAAGCCGAGGACCUCCAGACAGCUGAACCACACAGUUAUUGGUUUUUGACUAUGUUUUCUAUGCUUCCUUAUUACUUUAACUGCCUCCCCUGCCCUCUUAAAUGAUUUUACACUUGAAAGCAGCUGCCAUCAAGAAAAAAAGAACAGAUUCAAAAAGCAGGCUGUUUUUAAAAGGAUUUUUAAAGCUGACAUUGUGCAUGUCUGCUUCAAACCAUGCCAUGACAGAUGCAAGAAUUAUGAUUUUUAAAUUAUUUAAGGGUUUUUUAAAUGUAUUAUACAGAGAAAUUAUUUCACAUAUGAUAGUAUAUCUAUAGCUCUUGCUGAUCUCAUGUUAACACUUUAUCGCAUAUAAAAGAAGUCUCUAAACAUAGAAAGCUAUUUAAAAAUGCAGAACUGUGUUCAAAAAUCCAAUCUAUUAAUAUCCUUAGAAGUAAUAUUAUAAACAAACAUAUAUCACCUCACUAUUGCUUUCUCUGAACCCAUUGACGUUUAGUCUUCCAUUCUGUCAGAAUCUAAGAGCUUCAACAUAAAAACAUCUUAAUUUAUAAUGCAACAAAAACCACGUAUGAAAAGUACUUAAAUUUUGUAAAUACAUAAUAAUCCUGAUACCCUUGUAUAAUGCAUAUGGGCAACUAAUUUCCUUUGAUCCAAUGGUGUCUUUUUCAGCUUCUUGGAGAACGAAGUAAUCCAGUUAGGAAAUGGUGUAGUAACAUAUACAAUUACCCUCAAAUGUAAAAUCGAAUAUUAUUACAUUUUGUUCUAAUUGAAAUCUGAAGCAUGGUGUCUGCACAUCAGCAUAGUGUUAAAUCUUAUAGGGCAUGCUGGAAUUAGCUCAGAUCGUAAAAAUAUUUAACAUUUUACAUUGUUAAUAAAAAUUUUUUUAGUUAAGCUAAGCUUGUCUCAUAUUAGAUGACUAUGCAGAUAUGACUUUUCCAAUGUGUACUUGGUGUCUUGUCUUAUGCUUAGAAUCUUGAAAGCAGGACACUUUAAGCAAUACUAUAUUUUCGAAAGGAGGAAGCCACAUGCUUUUUUUUUUUUCUGCUCACAGCUUUGUUGUGAUCUUCCUUCCCUAAACUUGUAACAUGGUACAAAUUUUGUUACAUUUUCCCAUGUUCUUCCUUUGGCCCAUUUCCCAGACAAAAUUUCCCAUGGGUUGAGAGAUCAAGUCUUUGCAUUUCUUUCUUGCUUUCCAUAGUCUGAAAAAAACCUUCAAGUCAGACUGGAGGCACCAGUGUCUCAUACAAUAGAAGGAUGAACUAAAUGCCUAUAAAUGGUUUAUCUAAGACAUGUCUUUAAUGCUACGUCUGUACUUUCUCAAUACUUAUGUGCACAGGUAUUUAUAUGUAUACUAAUAUUUUUAUCUAAAAACUAAAUAUAUUAAAGCCUUUAGUUUUCAUGAGGAUGAAGAAAAGUACAGAUAACUACUGGAAUACUAAUUGCCUCAGGUUGAAUUAGAUGAAAUUGCUGAUAUUUGACUGUUUUGACCUACAAAAUGGCAAUUUCAUAUAGUUCAACCUAAUAUUUGAUGCGAAAAUUAUACUUGGAAUUGUCUUCCAGCUUUUUUGAUUGAAAGUGAAAGAAUUAAAGAGUUGGAAGAAAUUUCAAAAGGCUAUGCAGAUCUCUAUUUAGAUCAUACCAGCUGGUUGUUGGCCUUAUUCUUGGAGUUCAGAGCUGUGUUUCAAUAAGCCAGUAAUUAAUACCAGGUAAUAGGUAUGCCUCACUUCACAAAAAUAAGUACCCUCCAAAUGUUAUAUGAGAAAAAUACAAUUUUCCAAAUCAAAUACUUGUAGAACAAUUGUGGGAAUGCUAUUUAAAGCCUCCUGGGAUGAAUACUCCCUUGCAAAGCAAGGAGCCACUCCCAGACUUACCUAGCUACAGACCUUGAUUUUUGUAAAUCAAAUAUGAUUAAAGCUUAAUAUUCUUUCCUGAAUCCAGUUCAUAUUCACCUCUGAGGUUAUUUCACUUAAGGUCCAUUGUCUUUGAAAUUAUGCAGUAGCUCAAUUUGGCAAUUCUCAGCUCCUGUCUCUGCCCUCUUCCACACUUCGACCAUAUUGAACUCAACUUCAAUCUGGUUCCUACUAAUCCGUGCAAAUUUAUUAACUGAUAAGCCCAACCCUGGUGUUCAGCACGUUCUUCUGAAUGCCUGACCUAAAUCACUUCUGCUUGAUUAAUUUCUGCUCACUCUCGCCUUAGUCUCAGUGUGAAAGUAACACCUACCUUCUGUGCAAUUGUCCUUUGUACAACUGAAGACUGUUAAUAAAUUCAAGUCUCACCUCCAUGUCUGGGAAGGCUGUAGUAGCUAUUCAUGGAGAUGGGAAUUUGUCUAAUUACCUAGCCAGACUUUCCAUAUCUAAGGUAAUAUAUUCAGCCACCAUAUCUUUUAUUCAUAGUGCCUGUUUUCCAGCCUUCGAUAAGUUUUAUAGUUCCCAUGGACACACUCCAAGAUUUAUAGAUUUUCUUUCAGUAGCAUGUCCUAAAAUUAAAUUUAGUGCUCCAAGUCCUGAUAACCUACACUGGCUCAUGGUUGCAAUAGGUAAUUCACCGUCUCCCAUUACAUAUGCCAAUGCAUCCCUUAGGAGCUAGCCACUCUCCUCUCACCUACCAAAGGACUUUCUCAGGUGUGGUUCCGUGAGAUAAAGUUCUACUGUCUCAGCUUCCUGCUGGUAAUUUGCUUUCAGAUUAGCAAUAACACUGAGUUGAUCCCUAGGGGUAGAUCUCUAGGGAAAAGAACAUUGAACCCAUUUUGUUGCGUGUACUCAUAUGCUUGAAACAGAAAAGGAUGUAAGCUUUUUGUGGUACACACCCAUUCAUUUUACCACCAUAUUUUUUAAUAUCCCAUGUUGAUUUUUUUUUUAGAUUACAAAGAAUUUUGUGGGAAAUACCACUAAAUAGAAAGAAAAAAAUAAUAAUCUGAAUUCCACCAUAUUCAAAUCAUUUAAAGCCACACUUUUGGGCUUUAAAUUAGUCAGGGGCUGGGCCCCAAAGUACUUUUGGAUUCGAUUAGUAAAAAAACGUCCACAAGGCCAAGAUGUCACUUUUAAAAAUCUGUCCACAAAUGUUGUAUACAUCUAGGAACGGACUCACUGCCAAAUUCUGGUUGUGCCAUUAUUCAGGGGUGCAAAGAAAGCUUUAGAAGUAGCACACCCCUGAUGCCUCCUCUAAUGAAUUAUAGCUCUUGGGGUAAAUUCAAAAAUCCUGUCAGACCAUUUUGUUUCUCCGUGCUCCUGUAAAAACAGUCAGGAUAUUCAGUGUUUGGCAAUACUGCCACCUACUGAAAGUUUAGCCUCAGUGUGGGGGGGGGAAGAUAAAGACAUUAUAAAAGUAUCUACUUUAUUUUAGACAGGAAACUAAUAGGCUAAAUUAACAAUAAUCCCAUCUGGAAUUUCAAACUCUAAAAGUGUCAACAUUGAAAGGAUUAAGGAUAUCAUCCAGGCAAACCUCUCACCCCACACACUCAUACCCAAAGCAAUGUCCAACAUUCCUUUCUGCUCUAAAAUAUAACCAAAUGCAAAAUGUUCAACUUUCAGGUAACUAUAGGUAGGAAGAGAAAAAUGCAGUGAUACUAUUGACCCCAGAAUAAAUCAGAACUAAACAUACAGCCUGUAAUAGACUUGCAAACAUAAAAGAAUUGAGUACAUUACAAAGACGACAUUUCAAAUCUGUGAGAAAAAUUCAGCUUAUUAAGUAGGUUAUAUUGAGGUAACUGGUUAGCCAUUGGGGGGGGAAAUAAUAGAUUUAUACUUCAUAAUUUUCAUCAAAAUAAAUUCUAGAUGAAGUAAAAGUUUAAAUGGUAAUAUACAUUAAUAAACAUAUAAAAUUUCUGACAGGCAAUAUUGAUAAAUAUUUAUAUAAUUUUAGUGUGGAAAAAAAAAACCUUCCUAAGAGUGAUACCAAAGGAAAAGGCCAGAAAGAAAAGUUGGAUGGAAUUUGACUAAUUAAAAGUGCAAAACUCCCACAUAGUAACAAAUAACAAGCCAAAUGAAAAGAGAACAAUAUUCAUAAUAUAUGCAACAAACAGUAAUGAUGAUGACUAUAUAUCAAGAGCUUAAACACCACUACUCUUGGGAAGUUUCCAUGAUCUACAACCCCCUUCUCAGCCAAGUGUUUCCAUUUCAGUUUUUCCUUAUUGAACUUUUUUGGUUAUUGCUUGUUUACCUGUUUAUCCCCACUAAGCUGGAAGUACAGGAAGGCAGCAACUGUGUCUAUUUCACUUACUGUGAAUUCUUGACUCUUAACACAGUUCUAGACACAAAGCAAAUAUGGAAAACACAUUUAUUAAAUGAGUGAAUAAUGAAUGAAUGAAUUUUAAAUGAUAUUUUAUGACUCAGGAAGAAUCAAACUUUCCAACAGAAAAUUGAACCAAGGACAAAAACUGAUAACACACCAUAAACUAAAAUAGUCUACUAAUAAUAAAUGUGAAAGUGCUUGAAUGCAUUGGUAAUUAAUUAAAAAUGCAAAUUAAUAUUACAUAUUCCCUAUUACAUGUUAGGACAGCAAAGAGUAUAAAGAAUUUGAGUUCCCAGGGACUAAAAGUAAGUAUAGAAAUAAACAUUCUCUUAGAGAGUCAACGAGAGUAUAAAUUGAUCCCAUCUUUCUGGAAAAUUAUUUUGGCACUAUGUUUUUCCUGCAUGCUCAGUAAUUCUACUUUAGGAAAAUUCUAAAGGUCAGAAAAAAAUUGAGUUACAAAUUGCAUUUAUUCAUUAUUCAAAAAGUGUAUGCAAGAAAGAAUGUUUAUAGUAGAAUUAUUUGGAGGAGUGGGAAAAUGUAAAUAAGUCUACUUUAUAGAGUUGGUUAAAUGUGGUACAUCUUUUCAAUGGAAUACUGUGCACCAAUUAAGAAUAAGCACCAUAUGUGUAUUUAUUGAAAUGUAUAAGCUAUAUUAUGAGAUGAAAAAAGGAAGUUACAGAAGAAUAGCUAUAGUAUGAUCCCUUUUAAAAAUAUACGUAUGCAUGUGUGCAUUUAAAAAUCUGAAAGGAUACUUGCCAAAGUGUUAGCAGCAUUUAUCUCGGGGAGGUGAGAUUUGGAGCAAUUAUAUUUUCUUUUUGCAUAUCUGUAAUUUCUGAUUUUUCCACAAUGAGCAUGUAGUAUCUGUAUAAUUUUUUCAGGGACUAAACAAUGAUGUUCACGAUAUAUAUUAAAUGAAAAUACAUGUUAUAAAACAAUAUAUAUAGUAUGACACAAUAUUUGUAAAAAAAAGAAAAUAUAUAUAAAUAUAUCUAUGUAUGUAUAUAUAUGCAUAAGAAAGCUAGACGGACAUACACUAAAAUGUUCAUAGUAGUCCUCUAUGGGUAGUGGGAUUAUGGGUGAUUAUUUUUUCUUUUUGCUUUUCUGUGUUUUCUAAUUUUUCUACAAUGAAUAUGUAUUACUUGUGUAAUAAAAACUAAUAAUAAACGUUUUAAAAAAUGAAAA